AUGUGGCAGAACACCAAAGCCACCAAACAGACUGUUAGCCCCUUGUUCAAUUCCAAACUUGAGGAAACCGGCGGUUCACCACUUCGUGGCUUCCCAACACAACAAGUACUUGAGUUUAUGGAGACAUUGCUUGAAAUUGCAAAUGUAUUCUCAAGGCGAACACCCUGGUCAUUGAUUGGAACUGCCAAUACCGAUAUUUUGUACUGGCGCCGUUUACGAAGAGGCCCUAUUAAGAUGGCGGAAAACGAUUGUGUAGCCUUGGAUGUAACCUCUACAAUUAAAGACGGUGCAGAAAAGUCCUCUCCUCAGCAUCAUCCUUCGAGUCUGCCGCCUCAGUCCUCUUCACCGACGGCUGCCUCCUCCCUCAGUGGAAGUGCAAACGGCGCAAAUGUGAGUCUGGAGGAGCGUGUUAAACGUCUGCGCGAGGCGGAACAGUCAAAAGCUGAGCAGCGACGAAUUCACUCCACCUACACCAACUACGCUCUCUACGUUAAUCCUUCACUUCUGCCCGAUAAUCAUCCGAUCCACUCACUCCGUUCCACUCACUCACCGCAACACAAUCACCAAACACCGCGAGCUUCCGCUAGGCGGGCCGCCUCAGCUGCGCCCUCCUUUGCUCAUGCCCAGUCCGAUUCUGCCUCUCCUCGGAACCGCGCAGUUGACAAAGGCUCCACAACAGCGCGGGCCUCGGCGAAACCACACGCCUCCAAGGGUAAGUUAAAGUCCUCCCAAACAUUACUAGCUUCCUAUCACAUUAAACAAUUGUUCAUGUUUCUCCAGUCCUCUUGA